GGUUAUACUAUAGCAAAUGGUCCUCAUACCCUUCAGGUGUUCUUUUAAUUGUUAAAGUCUAACAACAAUGUAUCUAUUAUUUCUUUCCUACGGUAGAUCAGUCAUGGGGCAACCUUGUCGACCCUCAGCAAUAAAAUAAAUUUCCCUUCUUUCUUCCGUACCAUGCCCAGCAACUUCUAUCAGAAUGUUGCUCUCUCUCAGCUGAUUGGCCAGUUUGGUUGGACUUGGGUUGGAAUGUUGGUGGUGGACAAUAAUGUUGGACAGCAGGGUGCCCAGGUUAUACGAGCUGGGAUAGAGAGAAAUGGAGGCUGUAUUGCUUUUCUAGAGAAGAUCCAUCUGAGUUAUUCAGCCCAGCAGAUCAAGAGAGUGGUGGAUGUUAUAAAAGGAAGCUCCAUCAAUGUGAUUGUUCUCCACAGCCCAGAGGUCCAUGUGAUCGCCCUGUUGGAUGCCAUGUUUGAUAGUGGAGAGACUGGGAAAAUGUUCAUCUCUUCGGCUUCCUUUGGACUAACACCAGGACUCUUUUCUAAAAAAGCCUGGAAGGUUCUAAACGGGACUCUUGGCCUUAUUCCUCGCACCGGCACCAUGCCAGGGUUUGGUCAAUUUCUCCUAAACCUUAACCCAAAUGGUAGUUCAAUAUAUCCACUUAUUAAGCUGCUCUGGGAAAAGGCUUUUAAUUGCUCGUGGAUGUUGUAUGAUGGCACUACUAAGGUUGAAAGGUCUUCUACAAUGCAGGAAGACAAGACCUGCACUGGGAAAGAAGCGUUUGGAAACCAAACUGUCCAGGUGUUUGAGACAAAUGACCUCAGCUUCACUUAUCACACCUUUCUGGCUGUUUAUGCCUAUGCACAUGCUCUGCAUUCACUUCUUGGCUACCAAGUUGGGUCCAAGGGUUUAAUUAAUAACAGAACCUGUGCAAAUAUUAAAGAGACUCAACCACAGAAGGUGAGUUAA